CUGGCAGACCCCGAUCGCGGGGCCUGGGUGCCUCCGGGACCGCGAAAUGGAACCGGCGGGAAACGUGGGGCCUCGAGGGAGGAGAGGACCUCCCGCCCUGCCUGGGGCCGAGCCAGGCUGCCCCGGCCCUCUGGGCCCCCUCCGAGCCCAGGGGCACCGGCGCAGGUUGCCCGGGGAAGCUCUGGAUGCAUCCCUGGAGGUGUUCAAGGCCGGGUUGGAUGGGGCUUUGAACAACCUGGUCUAGUGAGACGUGUCCCUGCCCAUGGUGGGGGGGUUGGAACUGGAUGAUCUUUAAGGUUCCUUCCAACCCAAACUAUUCUGUCAUCUCCACUUGUGAAAACUUAUUUUUUGUUAAAACUUAAAGGGGGUGUUUGACGUCUUACUUGGUUUGCUCUCUGGUGUUCAGCCAGCUCUGUUCUUAAGAAAUUUUAGCCAUGACUAAGAGAGAGGCAGAGGAGCUGAUAGAAAUAGAAAUUGAUGGAACUGAGAAACAAGAAUGCACUGAAGAAAGCAUUGUUGAGCAAACCUACACCACAGCAGAAUUUGUGAGUCAAGCUAUUGACAUCAAUGAACCAGUUGGAAAUCUUAAGAAGCUGCUGGAACCCAGACUGCAGUGUUCCUUGGAUGCACAUGAAAUUUGUCUGCAAGAUAUCCAGCUGGACCCAGAUCGAAGUCUUUUUGAUCAAGGAGUAAAAACAGAUGGAACAGUGCAACUCAGCGUGCAAGUAAUAUCUAGGCAAGGGAUAGAGCCCAAGUUAAAUAUCCUUGAAAUUGUGAAACCUGUGGAGACUGUGGAGGUAGUGAUUGAUCCAGAUGCUCAUCAUGCAGAGGCCGAAGCUCACCUUGUUGAGGAAGCUCAAGUGAUAACCUUGGAUGGGACAAAACAUAUUACAACAAUUUCAGAUGAAACCUCCGAACAAGUGACACGAUGGGCUGCAGCGUUGGAAGGCUACCGAAAGGAGCAGGAGCGCCUCGGAAUACCCUAUGACCCAGUGCAGUGGUCAACAGAUCAGGUGCUCCACUGGGUGGUAUGGGUGAUGAAGGAGUUCAGCAUGACUGACAUUGACCUCAAUUCACUCAGCAUUCCUGGGCGAGAGCUCUGCAGCCUCAGUCAAGAAGACUUCUUCCAGCGCGUCCCACGGGGAGAAAUCCUCUGGAGCCAUUUGGAGCUUCUUCGGAAGUAUGUGUUGGCUAGCCAAGAACACUCUGGAGAAAUAGCCACUGUUACUAUUGAUCAGCCUGUGCAAAUUAUUCCAGCAUCUGUACAGCCUGCUACCCCAACAACCAUUAAAGUAAUAAACAGCAGUGCAAAGGCAGCUAAAGUACAGAGAGCUCCAAGGAUCUCUGGGGAAGACAGAAGUUCCCCUGGGAAUAGAACAGGAAACAACGGCCAGAUCCAGUUGUGGCAGUUUUUAUUAGAACUUCUCACUGAUAAAGAUGCUCGGGACUGUAUUUCUUGGGUUGGUGACGAAGGAGAGUUUAAACUCAAUCAACCUGAACUGGUUGCACAAAAAUGGGGACAGCGGAAAAACAAACCCACGAUGAACUACGAGAAGCUUAGUCGGGCUUUGAGGUAUUACUAUGAUGGAGACAUGAUCUGCAAAGUGCAAGGCAAGAGGUUUGUGUACAAAUUUGUCUGCGACUUGAAAACUCUGAUAGGAUACAGCGCAGCAGAGUUGAAUCGGUUGGUCACAGAAUGUGAACAGAAGAAACUAGCCAAGAUGCAGCUCCAUGGGAUUGCACAGCCAGUUACAGCAGUGGCACUAGCUACCGCAUCCCUGCAAACAGAGAAAGAUAAUUAAACCCUGGGACCUGGAAGUGGGAGCCUGAGGCCUUUCCUGUAUAACCAGAGCAGUUGCUGCUCUUACCUUUAUCAGAAUUGGAAGCUUCUUUUGUUUCUUGACAGUACAAUGUAGUGCAUGAUUUUCUACAAAGAACUGGGACUCAUGUAAAUUUGGAUCUUUUUAACAGCAUAUAUUUCAGCAUAAGUUAAGGGAUCACCACAACUUCUGCAUCUUUGAGCCAGGGCCUCUACAGUAUGCAAUUUGAGAUUUGUGAGAAAGGUUGGGCUGGUCAGUGUUUGAUGUCCAUAGCUCUGCAAAGUAAUUUUUGCAGUGCUCUUAAUGAAAAUAAAUACCUACAGAAGGCAGGCUGAUCAGUUGUCUGAACUCAGUCCUUUCCAGUCUUUUAUUCUCUGCUGAACUACCAAAUGACAUUUGAUGUUUUCAAAGCUAAACAUGUUCAUUGUUCUCAUUUAAUCAGGCAAAGCCAAAAGACACUUUAAAAGUUACAGAGCAUCAGGUUCUUAAAAUAGCUUCUGUGUUUAUAAGCAAAGGAAAAUUAAGACUAGACAGAACUGAAGGAGGUCCAGGUUUAGAUCCGGCUUGGGUGAAAAGCCAAUUAUGACUAUUUCAUUGUAAUAUGUAGAUAAUAUGCAUAUAUGAGGGCAAGUACUUACCUGUUUUCAAAUAUGCUAGCCAUUUAGCAAAAAGUGAAGACAAACUUCUUCCCCUACUACCACCCCCACAUCAGGUGAUGUGAAAACUUGAAAAAAUAGCCCUCACCCAAAGAGCAGUUUGUUUUGGUGAGGGAGGUGUUUAAUGCUCCAAUCUGCAAGGUGCUUGUACCUGCACAGUAGUCAACCUUAGUAACUGAAGACUGAAGUUAAUCACAGUCAAUAGUCCCCAUUUAGAAACAAAAUGCAGGCUGAAAAUUAUUUUACAGAGAACUGAAUUUUGGUUUCCAAAUUAUUGUACAGUCUGACUUCUUUUAAAAUACAAAUAUGUGUAAUUUUCUAUUUGAAAUUAGUUUUUUUCUGAACUUCAGGUAAUGAUUUGAAGCUUCAUAAACCAAAUGCAUGCUCCAGAGCCAGGUGUAAUUUGAAGUCUGGAAGAUGACUAGAAAUAGUUGGAAUAUAAACUGAAUUCUGAGCUACAGAGAGUAGGACUUCAUGCAAACUUACACAUGCAGUAAAAAGUAGGCUGCAACUUGUGAGCUUCUGUACUGAUGCCUAUUAGACUGUUUCUUUUGAUGGCUGAAAAUUGUGCAGUUCUGGGUUUGCCCCUACGUGUUAUUAAACAGUAUAAAUAUUAUGUCACCAUGCAUAUUUUUUAGCUUUUUAUAGGAGAACCACCCUCUGGUAACAUUUAACAAUUAAAAUAAAAAUGUAUAAAGGAAAACCUUUACUUCUGUGAGAGAUAGAGCUACUCUUAAACCUUAAAUCAAAAGUGUUUGUACAGUAAGGUUCUAAUCAUAAAGUGUGUUAAUGCUGAGUAGUGAAAGCACUGGACUGUUGCUUUUGGUCUGAAGAAGAAUGGUCAUGCUUGCAGGGAGAGGGCAGAGAACACAGAAGACGUUUAUUUUAAACAUGAAUUGAGGACGAAGCUUGUUUAUAGGUUCAUCUGCAGACAGUUUUUGCUUAACUAGAGAUCUUGCAUGUAGUUAGGGCAUACUUUUUUCAUCAUCAGGAUUAUAUAUUUUUUUUUUUCUUUUUGCCAGUUUCUUUCAGUUGUCAUUCUUGGGCUCUUAAAGCGCUCCCAUCUACUGAGCAUGCUGGUUUUAUUUUGUUUUAAGAAUGUCUUAAGCCCUGAGCAAAAUAUGUAAAUGCAUCUGUUACCAGAGGUCAACCCUUAAUCCAUUUGUUACUGUUCCAGUAGUCCAGUCCCACCAGUUGGCAAGUGUUUGAGGUGACUUGUAUGAGUAGAUUCAGGUUGGCUUACUGCAAGUGAGGUGAAUCUGAUAGAUCUGUGGCGGGGGCUGUGUAUGUAACACCACUCCGUUGCUAAACAGAAGUCCAGUACAAGUCACUAGUUUUAUUUAGCAGAGUUUGUGAGAGGCCUUUUUCACUAAAAUACAGUAUAAAAUGAAGAGGACCUUAAAAGAUGCACUUUCUACAUCAAACUGGACUGUGGGAGGAUAAACUAACAGCAGAAUUGAAAUGUAUGAAUACUUUAUCCCCCUGAAUGCUAAGCCCUCUAGGGGAAACUUUUGAUAUCACACUUCCUUUGUAAAUACAUCCGAUUAUUGUUUCGCAGCUUUUCAGUAGGUAUGAUAGUCCUCUGGGUUCUUUGUUGUGGGAUCAUCUGCUUUUCCACCGUGUUCUAAUUAGCAAAGAAGGAAUCUUUCAAGCAGUAUAAAAUCACUGUCACAUUCUCUGUAACUGAGGGAGAAGGCUGUGACUAACUUGAUGUCUUCGAUAAAAUAAAAGAUGUAGAAUAUAUUGUCAAAGGUUAUACUCUUGCUGCCAGAAGGAAAACAUAGGAAGAAUAUCCCAAAUUUUUUGUAAAACAGAAGUUUUUUUGCAUACUUUUUACUCUUUAAAUAAAGACACUUAUACUCUGCUAAUAAUUAUCUA